GCUGAUUGUGGGCUCAUCAUAUGAUUUGGCCAGUGAAAAUUUUAUUUUCAGACGUCGGGCAGAAGGCAAAAGCACGGUAGCAACGUGAUUUCCUUUUGAAUCAAUUGAAUUUCUUUUUCGGUUCGUUUUCGUGUGCAAGUGAAAAAAAAAUCCAGUCAAGAUGGCAUUGAGCGAUGCUGAUGUACAGAAACAGAUCAAACAUAUGAUGGCAUUCAUUGAGCAGGAGGCCAAUGAAAAAGCCGAGGAGAUCGAUGCCAAAGCCGAAGAAGAGUUCAAUAUCGAGAAGGGCCGCCUUGUCCAACAGCAGCGUCUCAAAAUUAUGGAGUACUACGAGAAGAAGGAGAAGCAGGUUGAACUCCAAAAGAAGAUCCAAUCUUCAAAUAUGCUCAACCAGGCUCGUUUGAAGGUGCUCAAAGUGCGCGAAGAUCAUGUGGCCAAUGUCUUAGAUGAUGCCCGCAAACGUCUGGGCGAAGUGACCAAGAACGAGUCCGAAUACAAACAGGUUCUCACGAAAUUGAUUGUCCAGGGUCUCUUCCAGGUGAUGGAACCAAAAGUAACACUGCGUUGCCGUGAGGUCGACGUCCCACUGGUGCGAGAUGUCCUGCCACAAUCUGUGGAUCAGUACAAGGCCGGAAUUAAGCAAAACGUUGAGCUCACCAUUGAUGAGAAGGAAUUCCUGUCAGCAGAUACCUGCGGAGGUGUUGAAUUGUUGGCCUUAAACGGACGCAUUAAGGUCCCCAACACACUAGAGUCUAGAUUAGACUUGAUUUCCCAGCAACUUGUCCCAGAGAUUCGUAAUGCCCUCUUCGGACGCAAUGUCAAUCGUAAAUUCACCGAUUAAAUUCUUUUAAGUGCAAAUAACUAAAACAAACAACACAAAAAAAAAACAUAAGAACAGUUCAAGUUACGCCACCCAAAAGAAAAGAAAGUAAAUAAUGAAACCCUUGAUAACAUGAACUCACAUUCAACCAAAAUUGUGUCUAUGAAGGAUUUAUAUUCAAUUACAAACAAAAUAUUAUUGCCGUUGUCUUUGUAUAGAGUGAACAUUUUCGGUCUUUAUGUAUGCAACUAUUAUACGAUACAUAUAUAUAUAUAAUACAUAUAUAACAAUA